AGCCUGCUUUUUUAACCUCGUCACUGUUGUUACACUGACAGCAUGGAAGGAAACUCCUGAGCCAAAAUACCAUCCAUUCCUGCAUUCUCUUCUUCUACCUCUCCUCCCUCCCUUGCUCCUGCUGCUCAUCCAUUCAUGCAGUCACCUCUAUUGUGUACUGGGAUCGUACAGCAUCCAGGAACUAACAACUGGAGAAACUGAGUUUUGGUGCCCGCCAAGAGCUUGUCCGCACUGAUGAGGAGACUUUUAUGCAUUCUGCUAAAGGACUUGAGAUAAAGAGAUCCUGGAUUUUAUUACUGAUUGCCACAGUCUCUUUACAAAUGAUAACAUCAGGCUUCAAAAAUUAGCCCAUCAUGCUUUUGAAGUCGGGACUAUUCUUAACUUUGUGUCUCUUUACCCUCCAUGCAAGUCAAAUCAAAGACCUUCAUGACCACGGUUUUUCUGGACUUAGGGAUGUAAAGUACCGACACUUUCUGGAAGCUUCCAGGUCAGUCCGUCAUGCAGCCAAUGUCAGAGCAGAGCAGGGUGGACAUCGGGUAAAGAGGUCAGCGAUCUUCACUACGGGUGUCAAAGUGUGUCCCCAGGAGAGUGUGAAAGCAGUCAUCGGCAGCCAUCGGGCCUAUUACAAACUCAGAGUUUGUCAGGAAGCGAUCUGGGAAGCUUUUCGGAUCUUCUUGGACAGAGUGCCAGACUCAGAGGAGUACAGAGCCUGGGUUUACACCUGCCAGCAUGAAAACCUCUGCAUGGACGACUUGGCUACGAAUUUCAGCAGCUCUCAGGAGCACCUGGACAUGGUCGCCAGAAGAGUUGCUGAGGAAAAUGAAGGAAUUGAAGCUGGGACCCCAGAGCCAGGAAGUGAUUGCACUUGGACUCCCCCAGUGAUUCUGCUUCCAACUGAAGCUGAUGUGGUUAAAGAGAACCCCAACAUGAUAAAAGAAAACUAUGAGGAGUACAUUGUUAAGUUCAGUAUCACCGUUGUGGACCCGACAUACAGCGAACUGCUCAGUGACCCUGAAGCUCCACGGUACGACAUCGCCCGAGAGCUCAAAGAUAAAAUGCUUCAUGUGUUUGAAAAAGUUCCAGGAUUCAAAGAGAUUAGUGUUCUUGGAUUUCGGUCGGAGGAUGUGUCUGUGCGCUACGCUGUGGUCUUUAAUGGAGAAACGGAGCUCAGUGAGGAACCUGAGGCUUAUGGGGAGCCAGGCGCAGCUGCCGACGAAGAUGUAAAUGCUCCUAAACUGAAGCACAUCGUUGUAAAAGCCUUAAAACAGGAAACAUCACUACCACUGGACAUACAAACACUCAGCUUUGAGGCUGUAACCACAGUUUAUCCAGUUGCGGAGCUCAGCAUAAACCCUGUUGAGACUGUAAUAGCUGAGGACGACACCACAGAGGCAUCCACAGAGCUCAACACUCUCACCCAAAGUUUCUUUCCCACCUUGGGAGUGAUUGAGACCUCAUUAGAAGAUUCUACUGUCAAGCCAGAAACACACACCUUCGUGCCUUUCAUUCCCAACAUCCUCCCAGAAGUCACUUCCGCUGUCACAGUGGAGAACCCUUUAAUGGCAGCAGUAGAAGAGGAGUCCACAGAAGAUGCUGCAGAGCAAGUCAUUAUAACACCAGGAACAAAAGUGGAGACUAUCACAGAGCAGGUGGAGGAAGCAGAGAUGGAGGUGGAGGAGACAGCAUCAACUGAACAUGAAGACGGAGGUGAGGGUGAAUCGGUGGAAGAGGUGACAGAAGAACCCGGACGAGCUGAUGGGGGGAAUAAGCAUCCAGAGCAAAAGGAUGAGGAUUUUUCUGUAACAACUAUAAACCGCCAACCUGAAGAAGCUGUGACUGAUGCUGAGGUUAGCCUUGACCUACCACUGCCUACACAUCCCACAGUUUUGGAGAUGUCUAUCACAGAAACAGCAGCCCCAGUUUCCACCCCAUCAUUGCUUGAGGGCACAUUCCAAGGCAGUGAACCAGAAACAGAUGUGAACUUUCUGCCAUCCCCUGUGGAGAGCAGUGAAACCCCUGAGGAUGCCAGUGAGUCAAGUGGAGGGCACAGUGGAGUAGCCCCGGUCUCAGUGGAUCUUACUGCUGAGAGUUCAAAUAUUCAAGAGGAAGAAGGACCGAGUCAGAAUGGUACAGAAUCUGAAAUGUCCAAGCCCCAGGAAGAGGAGAGUGGUAGUGGAUUCGCCUCAGAAUCUGAUGAACGCCCAUACGAAUCCACUGCUGCACCAAUCAUUAGACAAGCCAGCACACCUCUGACAACAGCAGUGGAUAAGAGCAAAGAGUUAGUGGUUUUCUUUAGCUUGAGGGUCACUAACAUGAUGUUUUCUGAUGGCCUGUUCAACAAGAGCUCUCCUGAGUAUAAGACACUGGAGAAUACAUUUCUUGAACUGACACAGCACUCUGGGUCCAGAAAUUCACCAAACCCUGGAGCUUCCAGUAAAUCUGGUCUUAGGAGACAGACAACUUUAGCCUCCAUACCGCUUUUGCCAUAUUUACAGUCCAACUUGACUGGAUUUAAGCAGCUGGAGAUUCUUAACUUCAGGAAUGGAAGUGUCGUGGUUAACAGCAGGAUGAAACUGGACAAGCCCGUACCCUAUAAUGUAACAGAAGCAGUGCACUGUGUGCUUGAAGACUUCUGUAACGCAGCUUCCAAACGGCUUGAUAUUGAGAUUGACAGUCGCUCCUUGGACAUUGAACCAGCUGACCAGGCAGAUCCCUGCAAGUUCCUGGCCUGCAAUGAGUUUUCACGCUGUGUGAUAAACAGUUGGACUGAUGAGGCAGAGUGUCUGUGUGAUCCGGGCUACAGCACUGUGGACGGCUUGCCUUGUCAGAGCACCUGCACACUGCAGCCAAACUACUGCCUGAAUGGAGGCAUGUGUGAAAUAAUCCCAGGCCAUGGAGCCACCUGCAGAUGCCCUGUGGGUAAAUACUGGCACUAUCAUGGCGAACGCUGCAAUGAGCUGGUGUCAGUGCCAGUAGACCCUUCACUAAUUGUAACCUGCUUUGUGGGAAGUCUCUGCCUUGUUUGCGCCGUCCUUGGCAUUUUAAUAUUCAUCAACAAGAAAUGUAUAAAAACCAGAAAGGCUGUAACACUGGUGCAUACCCUUGCCCCUUAUGCCUUUGAGAAUAGUUUGAGGGAGAACCCAGUAUUUGAGAAUGAUGAUGGUGUCUUAAAUCAUGUGUCCACGUUACCAUGUCCGUCGAGUUCUGCCUCAUCCCAGUCCCAACACUCUGAGCAAGAACAUUUUGCCUCAAUUGAAAAUAUACAUCUGAGCAUCGAGAUCCCCAGACAACUCUACACAACAAGAUCAGAAAGAUUAGUCUCAGAAAUGGUGGACUUUCAUCAUUGUAUACCACACAAUGAGAUGUGGCGACUGUCAAAUGAAUACAGGACGUGUCAUGUUUUAAGGGCAGCGGAUAAUGAAUGUUUCGAAGUAACAGUUCUCUGAUGGCUCCUCGUUCGUUUGAAGAUCUGUCAACGCAGUGUGAAACAAGGAAAAAAAAAACUGUUGUUGUUGUCUAACUGUAUAUGGGUGGCAUGUGCAGAUGCAGAUACACCAUAAAGCAGUGAUUGAGUUUAAUUGUUCAUAGUGAUGAAAGUGUCUUGUUAGACAGAGAGCUAUGGAUAUUGCGGUGCACUUAGGCUGUGUUCAACUGGAACCAAAUAUUUAUUUUAUAAAUUGAAUGGUAGGAACAUUUCCUGUAUAGCCUUGGCAAAGGAUUUUAUUUCCUCACAAUGAGGUAUUUAUUAUUUACAAACUGAUACACAAGGUGGUAUCUUUUUAGACUUUAUAAUAUUGUUUAUUGCAAUGCCAUCUUUUAACAUUUUUGUGUUCCAAAAAGAGACUGAAUGCGUAAAGUAUUUGGUCUGUCUGUACCAUUUCCAACCUUCACCACUAAUCAUUUGUCCACUAAGACCAGGGCAUUUUUUAUUUUUUUUACACAAAAAGAAUAAAAACAAAAGAAUAAAAUGUUUUUGAAUUAACAAAAAUGUUUUCUUUGUUUUUGGCAACUCAGAAUGUGUUAGGUCUGUAUAAUUUAAUCAUAUGUAAGAAGAAAAAGAAAAUGAAUAAAGAACGAGU